GGCUUUUGACUUUCAGGGCCGCCGUUUGUUUGAACGACUUGGACCUCUCUUCUAUCUCUCAUUUUUUUCUCUAUAUUUCUUCAUUGCUGAAAUGCCCCUUUUCCGCGAGACCAACACGCAAUAAACAAAAAUAUCCUGCAAUUAUUUGCACUUCUUCUCCAUCAAAUAAUACCCACUCCAGCUGUUUUUGGACCACAAAGGGAGCUCUUUUCUUUUCCCCAAUACUAUAAAUACCUACUUCUUAUGCUCCUCAUUUCAUCCAUCCAUAACUUCCAAAUCUCCAACCCAAACAACAAAAACUACAGAUUUUAUUUCAUUCAGAGCUAAUUAGAUCCUUUGCUCUUACUUGUAAAAAUGGCCUCUUUCGUUUCAUCACUCUUUUCAUUCAUCCUGUGGAUCGCUAUCUUCAAUGUAUCUCUUGCUGAUAAAGACCCGCAAUUCCAGCUAUUAGAAUACCACAAUGGUCCACUUCUAACCGGGAAAAUCUCAGUCAAUUUGAUUUGGUAUGGGAAAUUUAAGCCUUCCCAAAGAACCAUCGUUGCUGAUUUCAUUUCCUCCCUUUCUUCCUCAUCCACACAACCACCACCAUCGGUAGCAUCCUGGUGGAAAACCACAGAGAAAUACUACCGUCUAGCCAAUUCCAAAAAGCCAUCUUCACUUUCCCUCAAUUUGGGCAAACAGAUUCUUGAUGAGAAUUAUUCCCUUGGAAAAUCACUCUCCCUGAAACAGAUUGUCCAAUUGGCAUCAAAAGGUGAACAGAGGAAUGCCAUCAAUGUCGUUUUGACAGCAUCGGACGUUACCUUUGAUGGGUUCUGCCGGAACAAGUGUGGGUUCCAUGGAUCUGCAAAUGGUGCUGUAAUCAAAGGAAAGAGUUACAAAUUUGCAUACAUUGUGGUGGGUAAUUCAGAGACCCAAUGUCCCGGAUACUGUGCUUGGCCAUUCCACCAGCCACAAUACGGGCCCCAAACUCCACCGCUGAUUGCCCCGAACAACGACGUGGGUAUGGACGGAGUAGUGAUCAAUCUGGCAAGCCUAAUGGCCGGAACAGCCACCAAUCCAUUCGGAAAUGGAUACUAUCAGGGUCCGGCCGAAGCUCCAUUGGAAGCCUCCUCUGCUUGCCCAGGUGUCUAUGCCAAGGGGGCCUAUCCGGGUUAUCCAGGUGACUUGUUGGUUGACCCGACAACUGGUGCAAGCUACAAUGCACAUGGAAUAAACGGCCGGAAAUACGUGCUGCCGGCGUUCUAUGAUCCUUCCACCACUUCAUGUUCCACUUUAGUCUAAAAAAUAUUGUCUAAUUUCCAGAUGGAAUAUGCAGCAAGCUAUAGUAUACUAACAUUGUGACAUUGUAACUCAUUCUUUCAUUCAUUUGUUCAAUUAUUAAUCAAUAAUGGCAGAUUAUUCACUAAUUCCAUAAUACCAUUUCAAUUUUCCCCGGGACUUCGUAGAACGUGAGAAUGUUAUCAAACUUUUGUGUUUUGGUGCAAGAGAUAAAAAGGUAAAAAAAAAACCUAAAUUAAAUUGAUUAGUAAGUAUACAACGUAAGUGAGAAACACCGGUUGUUUUGUGUUAUUAAACUUUUGAAACAUUACAAAGGAUAGAGAUAAUCUUAAUAGCAACG